AUGACGGGCAGUGCUAAGACUAUUAUGACUGACCUGGCAGAGUUUGUUCCAUUAAUUGAGUACAAUAUAGACUUCAACAAAACCUUGUUUCAAAUGGAAGCUUCAGCAAAAACUUUGAAAUGGGGUGAGCCAACGGUUGAUACACCAGAAUACAGAAAUAUAGAUGUGGUCAUUGUGGCUUACUGCAUUUACUACGAUGAGUCCCUGGAACCCCUGAUGAACACCAUGUAUGCCCUGUGUUCUAAAGACACGUGUGUAUACUGCUGUUAUGAGGAGCGGACCACAGGCAAAAAACCAGAGCUGCAGAGGAGAUUCAUGCAGGUGUAUUGA